AUGGCCCUCUACCUCGCUGAGCUGGUCAUGACGAGUGUGGGCAUGGGUUUGGCUGUCCCGGAGCUCACGUACGAUGAGCAUUGCGGGGUAACUGACGCCCCAAUUACCUUUCUUAUUGCCGCUGGCGUCCCGAUCCUCUUCCAAACCUACCUCUUCGGUAUCAUCGCCUGGAAAUUUGUACUUUCCAUCAAGGAGGGAUGGGGCGACGUUCCGAUCAUGAGCAUCAUCAUGAGGGACAAUACUUGGGCUUUUACCCUCCUCUUUCUCAUAUUGAUAGCAGAAGCUUUCCUAUACGGGAUAGCAGAGGACGCAUACAUUGGGAUCCUGUACGGAUGGCUGAACGCCGCAUUCUCAUUCUGCGGAUACCGCAUUUUGAUCAACCUCAACAAAGCUGCACGAAAAUCUCCCAGCGAUGCCUCGACGGGCGCUAGCAUACAAUUUACGUCGAACUUUACGACGAAAGGAGAUUUGGGACUCUCCGAUUCUGAAACUGAUGCGCCGACGGAAAAUGAAGGGCAGGAUAGAGCGCCCGGAAAAGUAGGAGAGGCGUAUGAAAUGACCCCAAUAGUCGGGAGCAAGGGAAAGGCCAAAGAGUCGAAAUUCACGGCAGCAUCGUACUUGUAG